AUGUCAUAUUCAGAAAGCGACAUAGUGUCGCAUAUGGUGAAUUUUGCUGAGACGAGUAAGCUCGAUGGCAUUCUAUUCGAUCGAACGAUUCGUGAAGCUGGUGUGAUCGGUGCGGCAGCUUUGGACCAGUGGUCAACGGGCAUGGGCAAAGCCCUACCCGAGAUCUCUGUGGACUGGAAACAGUUCAGCCUGUCCAUUGUCAAGAUAGCACUUUAUGACAUACAUCUCUUGGUCGAUCAAGGCCCUGCAAAGCGAUCACCAAUUCGCGCCCGUCACGUACAGCAACAGAUAGAGGCGACGGUGGAUCUAAUCCUACCAUUUUCUUUGAAGAACAAGGUCCAGAUGUAUUCUUGCGACUAUCAAUCUCCCAAAGGGAUACCAAUCAACAGCGUGCAAGACGUAACCAAUGCCUUCGGAACCUCAGAGUUUGCAAGUUUCGGCAAGCAAACUGAGCUAGUUGGGCGUGCGCUUAAGGAGAAACUGCUUCCUCUCGUACCGGAUAAAGCAGACGAUUUUGAGCGCCCGAGUCUCAUUUAUAUCUUUACCACGGGCACGAGCGGAGACCUUGUUCAAGCUGUCAAUGAGUACAAAGCUGUAAUAAAACAGCGAGGUCUGGACCCUGCAGCGAUUGCUUUUGAAAUCAUUCAGAUCGGUCGCAAUUACCCUGCCAGACAAGAGCUUGGCAAGCUCGAUGCAGCAUAUGGAGCUGGGGAGUUCCUAGACGUUUGCUCAGAAACCAGCCUAGAGGAUCGAUAUCGCCAAGAUAAGGGAUGGACCGCUACAAGUCCAGCUAUGCUUGCGAUGCGAAACCUAGUUGGCGCCCUUGAAAGCUGGUUCGUCGAGACUCGUACAAGAAGCGAUGACCUCAACGGAUACCUUGCUAAGAAGCGGACCGACGAUCUUGAAAGAGAAGUUGGGGUCUUGAAGAAGGCGCUUGCAAAGUCUUCGAAGAAUCCAGAGGCUGACAAACUUCGGAGCCAAAUUGAGCAGAUGCAACAAGCUCUAAAUAGCAGCCAAAAGGAAGCUAACCAACUGCGACAGACGGUCUCGACGUUCGAUCAACAGAAGAGAACUCUCGAAACCGAAAAGAGCGAGCUGUAUCGGCGUUUGACUAUGACACACCGCUAUUUGAUGCAGUGGAAGAGCAACGCUAAUAAUGCCACGGAUAUUGCAAAUGGCAUAGGCCCGCUAGGUAGGCAACACCUAUUCUACGGAGGAAUAACCGUCAAUGGGCAGUUCAAGAACAGUCAUGGGUACGGUAAUUACGAUCAUCUCAUACCAGGCCGACAACGCGUGGAAGAGCCUCUUGUUCCUUGA